AUGACUUUUAUAUAUGACACUGGGUCUGCAUGGAUAUGGUUCCCUACAACAGCAUGAAAGGCCUGUCCUAAUGAAAAUUUAUACGAUAUUGAUAGUGUUAUUAACCUUCCUCAAGACCCAAAAGAGCGUGACAAAGCUAUUGAUAAGACUCAAGUAGAAGUUUUGGUUUAUGGAACAGGAGAAGUUGGAGGUGUCAGGAUCAAAGAAGACGUAUACAUAUACCCUAAAGGACCCCAAGUUGUCAAAAACCUCGUAAUGCUCGGAAUCGUUGUAGCUAAUGGGAUCGAAGGAGAUGCUGCUGAUGGAAUCCUAGGGCUUGGUCCCAUAGAUCCAAAUGAUGGUCGAGGGAAUUUUGUCACAGCUUUAAAACAGCAAGGAAUUAUUGAUUAUGAGAUGUUCUCUUUUGACUUCAAACCAGUCGGAAUGAAAUCAAAAAUGAUUUUUGGCGAUAUAGACAGAGAGAUUGCUCAAAAUCUAAGCGAAUUUGUCUGGGCUCCUAUGGAGGGAGAAGAAGACUACUGGACCCUUCCUCUUACAGGUGUUUAUUUUGGACAGGAGAAAACUCUUCACCAAGCCAAAUAUGCAGUUAUCGAUACAGGGAGUUCAACUCUUGCUCUCUCAGAAGAUAAUUUUCUUGAGCUUAUGCAAAGCGUCCUCGAUACAGGUCUUGAUUGAGGAUUCUUUAUAGGUGAGAAAUUUGUAGCAUGAAUUUGUGAUAAUGGAUUUGACGAUUUUCCCAAUUUUACUCUCAGUAUUCACGGCUAUAGCUUCGAUCUCAGUCCUGAGGACUAUAUAGCAGAAGAGGAAAAUAUCUGAGUAAUCCUUGUCUACAAUCUUGGAAGUAGAGUCAUUAUUGAGCAAGACACUGUUGUCCUUGGGGCUAAUUUCCUCCGAAAGUAUUACACUGUAUUCGACAUGGAGAAGUCAAGAGUUGGGAUUUAUGGAAAUGAAAUAUCACGCACAGAACCUUUCUUCAUGCAGUAUGCCCUGUACGCUUUACUAAUAUUCCUAUUCCUUGUGCUUUUAUGAUUAAUAAUCUGGCUGAUAAAUACGAGAAAAGUUAGUCCAAGUGAUUCCUCUUCACAAAGCGGGAAGAUGCACGGGGAAGAGAUGGGAUAA